GUGAGCUAUAUCCAGUAUUAAUUAUUUAUUUACGAUCUCUCUCUUUUCUUGGUAGAGCAUUAACAAUUUGUCAGUACUAUUAACUUUUUGUGGGUUUUACUCUGUAGACAUUGCAAUUAUUUAAGGCAAGAAAACAAAGGCAGAUUCAGACAGGCCACAAAAGAAGAAAGAAUAAGAAUAAUAAACAUGAAAUUUGAGCUUGUCUUCAUACCAUUUCCGGGGAUCGGCCAUCUCAAGUCAGCCGUGGAGAUGGCUAAGCUACUGGUCAACCGAGACGACCGCCUCUCCAUCACCACACUGCUUCUUCCUUCCCUUCCCGGUGGCGAAGACGUUUCUUCCGCUUACAUGGCAUCCCUCUCCGCCGCAUCCAGCAACCGUCUCCGCUACGAAAUCUUAUCCGGCGAAAACACUGAUACGAGGAUUCCUGUCCACAUCGCGAACCAGAAGCCAAAGGUGAGACUCGCCGUUGAGAAACUGGUCGGCGACUACUCGAAGCUACGGGAGCCGCCGCGCCUCGCCGGGUUCGUCGUCGACUUGUUCUGCACUUUGAUGAUAGAUGUGGCCAAGGAGUUUAGCGUCCCGACCUAUUUGUUUUACACGUCUAGCGCAGGACUUCUCGGACUCGGGUUUCACGUUCAGACACUGUACGAUGAGAACAGAUACGAAGUGAGCGAGAGUGAUUACGAAGAGUCCGAAGCAGUGUUGCAUGUCCCGAGUUUGACUCGUCCUUAUCCGGUGAAAUGCCUUCCUCACGGCCUCGCGUCCAAAGAUUGGCUACCGAUCUUGGUAAGUCAAGCAAGAAAGUACAGAGAGAUGAAGGGCAUUUUGGUAAAUACCACUGCUGAGCUUGAGCCUUAUACGUUGCGAGUUCUCAACGGUGGUGAUACUCCUCCUGCUUAUCCAGUAGGACCACUUUUGGACCUCACCUCCAAGGAAGACAACAAAGGAUCCGACAUUUUAGAAUGGCUCGACCAGCAACCGCCAAGAUCGGUAGUGUUCCUCUGUUUCGGGAGCAUGGGUGGCUUCAGUGAGGAACAGGCAAGAGAGAUAGCCAUCGCCCUCGAGAGAAGUGGCCACCGUUUCCUCUGGUCUCUCCGUCGAGCUUCUCCACCCGGAGAGUUCACCAACCUAGAGGAAGUUCUCCCGGAAGGGUUCCUUGAACGGACAAAGGAUGUAGGGAAAGUUAUUGGAUGGGCCCCACAGGUAGCCGUGCUUGGGAAGCCGGCUGUCGGAGGUUUUGUCACUCACUGUGGAUGGAACUCGGCACUGGAGAGUCUAUGGUUCGGUGUCCCGACCGCGGCGUGGCCGUUGUAUUCUGAGCAAAAGUUCAACGCUUUUGAGAUGGCGGAAGAGCUUGGACUUGCGGUUGAGAUAAGGAAGUAUUGGCGCAACGACCGUUCCGUGGAUCUAGUUAAGGCGGAGGAGAUAGAGAGAGCAAUCAAGUGUCUGAUGGAGCAGGAUAGCGAUGUGAGGAAGAGAGUGAAGGAGAUGAGUGAGAAAUGUCAUGCGGCCUUAAUGGAUGGUGGGUCGUCUCAGGCUGCAUUGAAGAACUUCAUUCAAAACGUGUUUGAGAAUCUCGGGUGACAAGGAUAGGUAGCGAAUGGUCUUUUCAACGCUACUGAAUGGUAGACCCAAGUUCUGUUCCCUUAUAAAUUUGCAUGUCUUAUGUGUGUGUGUGUUGUAGUGUUUUGAGUGGUCACAAAUGGUUUUGGUUUGGUCAUAUAUAUAUGAUCAUAACCGUGUAUUUGGUUACUUCGCUGUGAAAUGUUCUCUUGAGAAAUAUUGUGAUAAUUAGUGUUUAAAAAUGCUUGUUCAGAAUAGCUGUUGAUGUUCGUUCAUGCGUUAGAUCUAUCUUUCCUUUUGGAUGUUAGAAGCUCAUUUUUUUCCUUUUGUCAUAUGAAUAUUGCGCUUGGC